AUAUGAUCGUAAAUCACUGGCCGAGUUUUAUAAUAAAUUGUUAUAGUUAUUAUGUUCGUGUUGGGUUGUUGAUUAAGUUAUUUUAAGUUAUUUUUACACUCAUUAAAAAUAUAAGUUUCCGGCUUCAUAAUACGUCUAAAUGUUAACCUACAUUGAUUUCCACUUAAAGUACACACUUCCAGUUAUUGGAUUAUUGUUAUUAAUCACCCGACCAUUUAUUAACCGUUCGGAAGUGUUUAAAAUUUCAUUAAUAAGUGUCAUAGCUUUUCUGUACACAACACCAUGGGAUAACUAUAUCAUCUAUCAAAGUGGCUGGACAUUUCACCCUGAAAAAGUCUUGGCUCGUAUUGGAUAUGUGCCUAUUGAAGAGUACAUGUUUUUUAUUAUACAAACAGUUCUAACAUCCCUGUGGGCUUUGCUCUGUGUUCGAUGGUCAACCCCGUGCUUAAAUUUCAACUAUGACAAACGCAGCUACCAAUUGAUUCGAUGGAUACCAAUUACGAUUUUGACCAUGACUACGAUAAUAGGUUAUAAAAUGGUAAUCCCCGGACAAGGGACGUUUUACUUGGGAUGUAUACUAUGUUGGGUAUCUCCGGUGAUUAUAUUCAUGUGGUAUGGAGCAGGAAAUUUUUUYGUGAAAAAAAUUAUACCAUCCACUUUUGCGAUCGUGGUCCCUACGUUGUACCUAUGCUGGAUCGAUCAAUUGGCUCUUAAGGAAAACGUUUGGCAUAUCAACGAAAAAACUAGUCURAAUAUAUUUGUCAUAGACGACUUACCAAUAGAAGAAGCAUUUUUUUUCUUCAUAGUAAACGUUAUAAUUGUCUUGUCUGGGAUUUGCUUCGAUAAAGCUCGCGGUGUAAUAGAAACGUACACGUUGGAGUAUCCACAACGAUUUAGUAUUAAUUGGAAAUUUAUUUGUCAACUAUUUCGGGCAUUCAAGACAUCGGAAUAUAAUAUGCCACAAAUUGUCACUGAAGAUAUAAAAGAAUGUAUUAAAAUCAUCAAAGUCGCUUCAAAAUCAUUCACCACCGCCAGUUUUCUUUUUCAGUCCGGGAUUCGGUUGGAUUUAWUAAUUUUAUAUUCAUUUUGUCGUGUAACGGAUGACAUGAUUGAUGAGGUGUCGGAUGUAAAAAAGAAAAAACUAAAAUUUGAGUUAACUGAACGAUUUAUCAACGAAUUGUUUAAUGACAGAAAAUCAGAUAAUGAAGUUAAAACCAAACCACAAGAAUUGAAUAUUGAUUGGACGAAAUACGAAUCCGAAUUGACUGACGCGGAAAUGGCAUGUUUCCGGGCACUAUCUAGAAUAGCAUUUUAUUUACCUCGUAAGCCGUUCGAUGAGUUACUCGCAGGUUACAAAUGGGAUAUUGAGAGUAGAAUGAUCAAAAAUGAAGACGAUUUAUUAUUAUAUUCCACCUAUGUGGCCGGAAGCGUCGGUGCAUUAUGUGUUUAUGUGAUGAUGUACAGGUGUGAUGACGACGAUUAUGAUCUCGUCGAGAACUUCGAUUAUGUCAUAGAAAAAGCAUAUCAAAUGGGACGAGCCUUACAACUUGUGAAUAUUGCCCGUGAUAUCGUCACUGACAGCGAAACGUUGGGUCGGUGUUAUGUGCCCACCGAAUAUAUGGACGACGAGGAGGAAGAAGUAAGGAUCUUGUGUCACGAAAAGCAACCGAGGUCUCUAGGUGAUAAGAAGUUAAAAAAAUAUUCUACGAGGUUGAUCCAUCUGGCCAACAAACAACAAUUAGAAUCGUUGGGCGCUAUUAGGUGUUUGCCGCACGCGACAAGAGGUUCGGUGCUAGCAACCACUGACAUUUAUCGAGGGAUUGUUUCUGCUAUCCAGUCAAAUCCGACUUAUCCGACCAGAGCUUCAUUGUCGAAAUGGAAUAAAAUAUUGAUAGGACUUUAUUCCUUAUAUAUUAAAAGUAUUCAAUACAUUGUAUAG